AUGUAUGCAUACUGGUAUCGUUCCGUAAAACAGAAACACCUACCCAAGCUGCAAGGCCCCCGAAAUUCGCAAUACUGCAGGUGGACUACCCAGGACGAAUUGGAAAAGAUUAUACUCGGCCAACUACCGAACAAGGAUCUAGAGAUCCGGUUGGCACUUGUCUCGUCAACACGACGAAAUGCGAGCAUAAGCCCAUACAUCCCGCCAAGAGAGACCAUCCUCCCUGUGAUCCGCUCCACACCAUCAUACGACUUUCAAGGGAGAAAAAAAAAUUCAGACAAGCAUAUUUUCCGCGUCUCAAGCUUGGCUGGUGGAUGGUCUCCUGCUUUUCCCUGGAUACCACGACAUCGAAAAUUCGCCUGGCUUUGCGGCAUGAAGGCACACAACCACCAUACUGAAACAACUCUCUCCCUUCCCUCAUCCAUCCCUUCCCUUCCUCAACCACCAAAAUCCAUCGGCACUACAACUCCAAAGACACUUGCACAAAUGACGCAACGAUUCAUUACAUUCUCUCCCCUCCUUUUCAUCGUAGACCCGAAAUCCGAAACCCGAAACCCAGGUUAUGCCAUGGAUCAUAUCGUCAUUCUUCAGCAGCGAGAAAGAAAAGAAGUACCAGGCUGA